GCGAGCGUUUUCCGUUGCGUGACGUCACAGAGAGCGAAGCCACACUUCCUCGAGCUUGUAGGAGGAGCCGCUCUCGAGACGGGAGAGCGCCGCGUAAAAAAAAAAAAGUCAGUCAGUCAGUCAGAGAAAUUACGAUUAAAAAAAAAAAAAAGACAUAUAAACAUGAAUAGCUGUUUUAUUUAUUUUUAAAUUUACAAAUAACAAACAAAAUAAAGAUACGACGACAGGGGGGGGGGCGUGUAAAAUAAAAAAAAAUAGGACAAAGUUUGGGGCCGAGUCAGAAGGCGGCGGCGGUGGAGGAGAAAGGUGUUUUUUUUUUUUUCAUUUUUUAAAUUUUUAAAACGGUUAUUUUUGAGAGAAGAUUUUUUUUUUUUUGGUGGAGGCGGUGGUCAAAGACCCUCUCUCUCUGUUUUUUUUUAAUUUGUAUCGAGUGGAAAUACAAAAGGAAAGUACAUUUUCAGAAGACUCGAGUAUGUCGGCUCAGGCGCAAAUGAGAGCCAUGCUCGACCAAUUGAUGGGGACGUCGAGAGACGGAGACAGCACUCGACAGAGGAUCAAGUUCAUGGAUGACAGAGUGUGCAAGUCCCACCUGCUGGACUGCUGCCCUCACGACAUCCUGUCAGGAACAAGGAUGGAUUUGGGGGAGUGUAACAGGAUUCAUGACCUGGCUCUCCGUGCUGACUUUGAGAUCGCCUCCAAGCAUCAGGAAUACUUCUUCGAACUGGACGCUACAGAUCACCUCCAGUCCUUCAUUGCUGACUGUGAUCGCAGGACAGAGUUGGCCAAGAAAAGGCUCGCAGACACACAGGAGGAGAUCAACGCAGAAGUGGCAGCCAAGGCGGAGCGGGUUCACGAGCUGAAUGAGGAGAUUGGGAAGAUGCUGGCUCAGACCGAGCAGCUGGGAGCUGAGGGGAACGUGGAGGAAUCGCAGAGGCUGCUGGGAGAGGUGGAGAUAACCAGAGGCUUGAAGAGAGAGGCUGAGGAUGUGUACAGGAACUCGAUGCCAGCCUCCAGUUUUCAGCAGCAGAAGUUGCGGGUGUGUGAGGUUUGCUCCGCCUACCUGGGUCUCCAUGACAACGACCGCCGGCUCGCCGACCACUUCGGGGGCAAACUGCACCUGGGCUUCAUCGAGAUCCGGGAGAAACUGGAGAAGCUCAAGAAAGCAGUUGCAGCCAAACAGCAGCAGCGCAGCCUGGAGAGGGUGAAACGCAGAGAAGAAAGAGAGGAGCGAGACAAGGGCGAGAAGGAGGAGAGGGACCGAGAGAGGAAGAGGACAAGAUCUCGUAGCAGAGAAAACAAGAGGUCCGGUUCUCGCGAUCGACAGAGCCAUCGCUCCAGCUCCGCAUCCUCCUCUCGAAAGAGAAGACCCUCCCCGCCCGCUCGAGAGAGGGAACGAGACAGAGAGCGGGACAGAGGAGGAGAGCGGGAGAGAGGAGGAGGCAGGGGAGGAGAGCGGGAGAGAGGAGGAGGAGGAGGAGAGAGGAGACACAGACACCGAAACAGAUCAAACAGCAGGAGCCGGAGUCACCACCACAGCUCCAGAGAGAGGGAGGAGAGGAGAGACAGGAAAAAGAGAUCCUCGCGGGAGAAAUCGUCCCGCGACAGAGACGCCCAUUCCAGAGACGCCUCCCCCGAACCACAGGAGAGAAACCCGUCGAGCGACAACGGGCUGGCCAGCUCCGAGGAGAGAGAGGCGGGAGAGAUCUAGAGGAGAGAGAGGAGGGGGGUACAGGGGAGCCAGCUCCGAGGAGAGAGAGGCGGGAGAGAUCUAGAGG